AGCGGCAGGCCGCAGUGAGCAGCUAUUACCGCGAAAGGCCACCUUGGCAGCGACGGCCCGGGAGGGAGGUGAAUGUCGGCCUGGUUGUCUGCACUACCCCGGGCGAGAGAGUGAAAGAAAAGUGAAGAGAGUGUGAGCCCGCGUCGUUGUUUCGCAGCUCUAGCCGCUCUCCCUCCCCGACGCGCCCCGUUUGUUUGGAUUUAAUCUUCAGGUUGCCGGCUCCCCCCGCCCUCCAGCCUCGCGGAGUGAGGGGACGCACCCGCGCCUGUGGCUGGCGCCUGCCGAGUCUGGACACCCGCCCGUCCGCGCCUCUUGCCCGCGGCAGCCGCAUCGCUGAACCGCGGGGUCGUGUUUGUGUUUGACCCGCGGGCGCCGACUGCGGGGCGCGCGGCCGAGGCCAGUGCCAGCGGGGCGGGGCGGGCGCGGCGGAGGCGGAGGAAGAGGGAGCGGGAUCCCUAGGAGGCCCGGCGCCGCCAUGGAACUGGGCCCGGAGCCCCCGCACCGCCGCCGCCUGCUCUUCGCCUGCAGCCCCCCGCCCGCACCGCAGCCUGUCGUGAAGGCGCUGUUCGGCACGCCAGCCGCCGGGGGCCUGUCGCCUGUCACCAACCUGACGGUCACCAUGGACCAGCUGCAGGGACUGGGCAGUGAGUAUGAACAACCCAUGGAGGUGAAAAACAGCAGUCUGCAGAGAAUGGGCUCCUCCGAAUCAACUGAUUCAGGCUUCUCUCUGGAUUCUCCUGGGCCCUUGGAUAGUAAAGAAAACCUUGAAAAUCCCACGAGGAGAAUAAAUUCCCUACCUCAGAAGCUCUUGGGGUGUAGCCCAGCUCUGAAGAGGAGCCAUUCUGAUUCUCUUGACCAUGAUGUCUUUCAGCUGAUUGACCAGGAUGAGAACAAGGAAAAUGAAGUCUUUGAGUUUAAGAAGCCAAUAAGACCUGCGUCUCGAGGCUGCCUACACCUUCACGGACUGGAGGAGGGUAAAGAUCUCUUCACACAGAGGCAGAACUCCGCCCCAGCUCGGAUGCUUUCCUCAAAUGAAAGAGAUGGCAGCGAACCAGGGAAUUCCAUUCCUUUUAUGCCCCAGUCACCUGUGACUCCCACUUUGUCUGAUGAGGAUGAUGGCUUCAUGGAUCUUCUUGAUGGAGACAAUUUGAAGAAUGAUGAAGAGACACCGUCCUGCAUGGCCAGCCUCUGGACAGCUCCCCUUGUCAUGAGAAGAACUACAAACCUGGGCAAUCGCUGCAAGCUGUUUGACUCCCCUUCAGCGUCGUGUAGCUCUACCAUCCGGUCAGUGUUGAAAAGGCCAGACCGAUCACUAGAGGAGUCCCCAGGUGGAAACAGGAAGCGGAGGAAAAGCGUGGCUGGGGCCAGUCCGGAAGAGGCAGCUAGUCCAGAGAAGCCCCAGGAGAUUCUACAUCAUCAGUCUUUAUCCCUAGCAUCUUCCCCAAAAGGGACCAUUGAGAACAUUUUGGAUAAUGACCCAAGGGACCUUAUAGGAGACUUCUCCAAGGGUUACCUCUUUCAUACCGUUGCUGGAAAGCAUCAGGAUUUAAAAUACAUCUCUCCAGAAAUUAUCGCAUCUGUUUUGAAUGGCAAGUUUGCCAACCUCAUUAAAGAGUUUGUCAUCAUCGACUGCCGAUACCCAUAUGAAUAUGAGGGAGGCCACAUCAAGGGUGCAGUGAACUUGCACAUGGAAGAGGAGGUUGAAGAGUUCUUACUCAAGAAGCCCAUCGUACCUACGGAUGGCAAACGUGUUAUCGUGGUGUUCCACUGCGAGUUUUCUUCUGAGCGAGGCCCUCGCAUGUGCCGAUACGUGAGAGAGAGGGAUCGGCUUGGUAACGAGUACCCCAAACUCCACUACCCAGAGCUAUAUGUCCUGAAGGGCGGAUACAAGGAGUUCUUCCUGAAAUGCCAGUCUCACUGCGAGCCCCCCAGCUACCGGCCCAUGCACCACGAGGACUUUAAAGAAGACCUGAAGAAAUUUCGCACCAAGAGCCGGACCUGGGCUGGGGAGAAGAGCAAAAGGGAGAUGUACAGCCGCCUGAAGAAGCUCUGAGGUCUCCCCGCCCUCCCCACUCCCCUCUUUGCUGCAGAGAAACUUGAGCAAAGGGGCCAGCGGCACAACACUUGAAGAGAAGGGCGGAGGCCUCCGCGUCUUAAACCUACCUCCCACCCUCCCGAGGUUGGAGCCCGGAGCCUCCUGCCGCCUCUCCGUCCCUGGAAGAUGUCCUUCUUCAGCAGGGCGCUCAGCCAAGGCUGUCACAUGCCGCAACGGGGUUCCAAGCAGCAAGUCAAGGCGUUCUGCCUCCUCCUCCCCCAUGGUUGGAUGGGCCCCCUGCAGCCUCACUGGGCACUGGCCUUGUCUCCUGAGGAGAGAGACGGAGAGAAGACUGCCAGACGCUGCUGGCCAGACACCAAAGACGGCCAGGGAAGCACAGGUCUUUGUGGGCUAGCCCACAUCAUUAAUUUAUUCAACUUCACCAAUCACUUUCUUUUCUUUCUUUUUUUUUUUUAAAUCAACUCCUGGAGACUUUUAUUUAAUUGCUUCUUUCAGUUAGAAUACUGCCAUCCUAGGUAGGAUUUUAUCAUCCUGGGGACUACCUCUGCCUUUCAUUUUUAAAGAAAAAAAAGAAUAAAGGAGGGGGAAGAAAAGAGACAUGAGUUGUGGGACAGAGAACGAGGGGCUCUGUCGGUCUCCCCUGGGAGGCGCUGCAGUACUGGGACCGCUGCUAUUUACAGCCAAGGACUGAGACACUGGUGGGAGCAGGCACCGGACUCAGCUUGGCUUCAGGACAUAAGCUAAAUCUCCCAGACCUACCUCGAAGGCCCCUGAGACCUACUGGGGGGGAGUGACCCUGCUCUUCCUCACCCCAGCUCCCUGUGAUGUCACUGGGCAAGAGUCACGAUCAGGAAAGCACUGGAGGCAGCUUCCGUGGGGCCACCCCCAAGUCAGUGUUGGAACGUAUAGAAUAGGCAUCCCAGUGCCGGGGGGGCAAGGAAUAAGGGGGGCUCUAUGGGAUAAGGGAAGGGAGUAUACUUUUGAGUAUCUUCCUUCAUUACUCCGAUACUCUUUGACAGCUUCUGUUUUUUUAAAAAAAUAGCCCUUCUAUGAGUCAAGGAGUAUGGAAUCAGUGUUGGCUGGGCCCCCCAAGGGUGAAGAGAGGGGCUGGAAGCCCCGGGUAUUAGAAAGGAGUGGGUGCUGGCAGAGAUGACUACAGAGUGUGUUUUUCAGGAGGCAGCAGCGUGGUGGGUUUUGAAGGUAAAACUUUUAGUUUAUCAUGUUUUAAUUUGAGGGGCGGGGAGAGAUGGGUCAUCACCAGUUGCCCCUCAUCUCACCCCACCGGAGUGGGGAUCUCAAAGGAACACCUCCCAAGGAGCUGGGGCUGAGUGGAUUGAUUGCAGACAGGGCUGUUUGGUACCUGCUCAUCCCCACCCUUAGGUGCUGGCUUCCUCACCAUCUCUGCUCCACUGGGGUGUUGCCAAGUUUUUCUUAUAUUCAAGAGUUAGUCUCCCCUCUUGCCUCAGCUUCCUUUUCUGGGGGUGGGGAGGAAAUCAGUGAUACUGGAGAUGACUGGUUGCAAUGUUAUGGGUUUGAGUUGCUUUUGACUAUAAACAAUCUUGUUAGAAAAAGUAUAUGGUGAGGAGGGGAGCAGGAGAAGGCCUCUACCCCCCCACACACCGAGACCCAUCUGAAUUGGUCUCCAAUCUUGUUUGUAGGGAUUCUGUUGGUUGAAUGCCUGGAAAGGGAGGUGGGAUGGCUUUCAGAUCAUACCUGCUCAGCUAGCAUUGCUAACCAACUGUUGCAGGCUCUGAAAAUAAAAACAAUCUUGAACCCAU